CUCGACCAAGAACAACAUGCCAAAUCAAGAGUUGUGAAGGUGGACUCUAAGGAGUCAUGGGAGUUCCACCUAAAUCAGGCCACUAAUCAAUGUUCUCAUAUUGUGGCACAUUUUACGGCUAUUUGGUCUAUUCCCUCCGUGGCGAUGAACCCCUUUAUGGAGGAGUCGGCUUCUACUUACCAAGAUAUAUUGUUUCUCAAUAUUGAUGUGGAUGAUGUCAAGGAUGUGGCUACCAAAUAUGAAGUGAAAGCCAUGCCAGCCAUGCCAACAUUUCUGUUGUUGAAGGAUGGAGCUCCAAUUGACAAGCUUGUUGGUGCAAAUCCAGAGGUGGUAAAGAAAAGGAUUGAAAGUCUUCUUGCUCAGUCCAAUCCCAUAGAUAUUGCCUAG